AUGCAGGAAGAACAGCAGUCAAUACCUGGGACUCACAGUAGGGAAAGUGUAACAAGAAUUGAAAGACCUCUGAAUAAUGAUGUCCUAUUACUUUAUGCGAUAGAUGUUAUGACUGCCGGUGAAGAGAAACAUGAUCUUACAGAGGCCAUACUGGAUCAAGACAUAGGAGAACUAACUUCCAUAUUUAAAGAAGCUGCAAGAUGCACUUUGCAGUAA